CAAUCCUCCGCCGUCCCCUGCUCCUCCGGUUGCCAAAGGAAGGAUGAGUAGGCGCUGGAGCCGGACUAUUUACGUUGGGAACCUCCCUGGGGAUAUCCGGGAGAGGGAGGUGGAAGAUCUGUUCUACAAGUAUGGAAAGAUAGUUGAAAUUGACUUGAAGGUCCCCCCAAGGCCACCUGGCUUUGCUUUCGUGGAGUUUGAAGAUCCCCGUGAUGCUGAAGAUGCGAUUCAUGGUCGAGAUGGCUAUAACUUUGAUGGGAACCGGCUGAGGGUCGAACUUGCACAUGGCGGGAGGGCUAACUCUUCAUCCAUCCCGAACAGCUUUGGUGGUGGUGGUGGAGGACGCCGUGGUGGUGUCUCCAGGCACACGGAAUAUCGUGUUCUGGUUACUGGACUACCUUCUUCUGCAUCAUGGCAGGAUCUGAAGGACCAUAUGAGAAAGGCUGGUGAUGUUUGUUUCUCUGAGGUUUACCGUGAGGGUGGUGGUACAAUAGGAAUUGUUGAUUAUACAAACUAUGAUGAUAUGAAGUACGCUAUAAGGAAGCUUGAUGAUACUGAAUUUAAAAACGCCUUCUCUCGGGCGCCUAUAAGGGUGAAGGAGUAUGCUGGCAAAAACAGUCGCUCCUAUUCACGAAGCCGCAGCAGAAGCCGAAGUCGCAGCUACAGCAGAAGCAGGAGUCCAAGCAAGUCUCCAAAGAAAAAACCUUCACGCCGUUCAGCGUCAAGAUCUCGGUCGAGAUCAGUGUCUUCUCAUUCACCAGCAGAGUCAAAGGGACGUUCUCCAUCAAGAUCACCAGCAAAAUCAAUGUCCCCUAAUGCAUCUCCUGCCAAUGGUGUAGCAGCAAGCCCAAAGAAACGUAGCCCAAGCAGGAGCCCAUCACGUUCCCGAUCUCCUGAUGCCAAAUCAGAAUAAAGCUCAUGCGCAGCUCCAGGCGGUGGGAGAAUAGAGGCAUGGUCUUCAAAUAACUUGCAUAUUUGUUGUCCUCGUCAACUUCUGAAUCCUAUGUCAAAGUACUUUCCACAUGUUCCGUUAUUCUAGGUUCAUGCAUGAUAUUUCUGUAAACUUAUUUGGUUGGAUUUUUGAGAUUUAUUUACUUUCUUAAUGAUGAGCAUAUUUACUUAGGUUAUGUAAUGGUAUUGGUCGUACUGGAAGACAUUUGGAAACUUUUUAUUGUGUAAUGCUGAAAAUGCAAAUUUACGAUAA